AUGUUGCGGCAAACUGGAUGUGAAAGAGCUGUGUCAGAUGAGGAGCUGACAAAAUUGGCACCGGCCCAUGUUCUUCGCAGGGUGCUGCCCAGCCAGCUCGCCACAGACCUUCUGAAGGAAUUGUUGCAUGAGUCCAAGGAAAUGUGGCGAUCGAGCUCAUGGGUAGUUCGUGGCAAAGAGCACAUGACUCCGCGAACAACUGCCAUGUACGACUUGUCGCUAGAAGCUGGGCAAGGGGAAGCAACGAAGGCGAGUACACAGCAGACGAACCCUGGUGCAGAGGAACUCCAUCGCCCUCGAGCAAGCUGCAUGCCUUCCGAAUUGCUAAGGCAGGCAGCUCGUUGUAUUCAUGCUGCUGUGAAGCAGCACAGGCCCGAGUCAACAUGGUCGCCAACCCUGGCGUUGGGCAAUCGCUACGAUGACGGGAGGGCCUGUGUCGGGUGGCACUCAGAUUUUCUGAAUUCUCUGGGGCCUCGUCCGAUUAUUGUUGGACUCUCGCUGGGAGCAUGCCGGCGCUUCAGCUUGCGACGCACAUCUGACCACUCUGUUGUUGCAAUCCCUAUGCCACACAACACAGUGGUGAUCAUGUGGGAUGACUGUCAAGAGGAAUGGGAACACUCAGUACCCCGACAAGCAGAUUCGAGCAUUGGCAAACAUCCAGUGGCAGGUUUGGUGCGCAUAUCCUUGACAUUCCGAAUGGCCAGACCAGAGCUUGCUGAAAAGCAGAAACUCUGCAGCUGUGGCAGACCGAGCGUUUUGAAAAGCAAAGGAGGUCGUUACUAUUUGGCUUGCUCUCCCAUGGGGACCCCUUGCUGCACUUACCAAGCCACAACAAUGCCCUGGCAGUUCAUGCCGUUUGGUGACUUCAUAUUCCGUCUAGCACGUGGAUUGCGAAUGAGGGUUGGCAGUCCUUGCUAG